GAAGGGAACAAAAAAAAUGUAAUUUGCCACUAAGACCCAAAUUCGCCUCCCAUAUAAGAUAUAAUAACUGAGACUGAAGCUCAGCAACAGUAAUAAAGUUUACUCACAGAGUCACAGUCAUAGUGACUCUUCUCCGACGUCGUUUAAAGUUCUCCGAUACCCAUUGAGUCCCGCCGGAGCUCUGAAGCCGGAAACAUAACUGUGACUCUAAUCCGAUUAAGGUUCAGGGUAAGCUUUCCUUGACAUAUAUACCUCUGUCAGCUUGCUAUGUCAGCCUCUGAAACUGCCCCGCCUCUGGAUAUCUUAGUUCGAGGCCCGGAAGGGUUCUCGCUCUGGAAUGGGCCCCCAUUUAGCAAUGGGCAACCUGGUAUCAAGCUUGAAAACAUUUCCUGCACAAGUACAAAAUUCAGUGAAGAUGGAUCGAGGCUGAUGGUGAUGAAAUCUGAUUCAGUAAUUAGCAUAUAUGAUUGCAGCAGCUACAGGGAGAUCAGAUCUUUUCAAAUCCCCAAUGUUGCUGCAGCUGCCUUGUCCCCACGUGGGACUUAUGUGCAAACUUUUCAGAAAUCAUCAACACAGAAAUCAUCAACACCACAAGAGAAGAAUGUCAUCUUAUGGAACACCGAGACUGGUGAUCCUGUUUAUCAACAAUUCCAAAAGAACAUGACAAAAGCUACAUGGCCCUCAAUUAGAUUCAGCUCUGAUGAAGCUGUUGUAUGUCGACUGGCAACAAAUGAGAUACAAUUUUUGGAUGCUGGAGAUUUCUCUAAACCAUUUAUAUAUCGGCUAAGAGUUCCUGGAGUGGCUGCAUUUGAGCUUUCUAAGGCACCUGGCUCCCAUGUGGCCGCAUUUGUUCCAGAAUCCAAGGGGAUUCCUGCCAGUGUCCAGAUAUUUUCUUGUGCAAAAGCUGUACAGAGUCAAUCUCUUGCGCGACGGAGUUUCUUCCGAUGUUCAUCAGUGCAACUGAAUUGGAAUAAUGGCUCAACCGGGCUUUUAGUUGUGGUGCAGUCAGAUGUUGAUAAAACCAAUCAGAGUUACUAUGGGGAAUCAAAGCUCAACUACCUGACAACAGAUGGGACCCAUGAAGGACUUGUACCUCUUCGUAAAGAGGGGCCUGUUCAUGAUGUUCAGUGGUCAUAUUCUGGAUCAGAAUUUGCUGUAGUUUAUGGCUUUAUGCCUUCAAAAGCGACCGUGUUUGACAAGAAGUGCAAUCCUCUUCUUGAGCUUGGAAUGGGUCCAUACAAUACUAUCCGAUGGAAUCCAAAGGGAAAAUUUCUGUGUUUGGCAGGCUUUGGUAACUUACCUGGUGAUAUGGCAUUUUGGGAUUAUGUGGAGAAAAAACAGCUUGGGACAACUAGGGCUGAAUUGUCUGUGACAAGCGAAUGGUCUCCAGAUGGAUGCUAUUUCAUGACUGCGACAACUGCACCAAGACUUCAAGUUGACAAUGGGAUUAAGAUUUUCCACCACAACGGGUCAUUAUUCUUCAAGAAGAUGUUUGACAAGUUGUACCAGGCUGAUUGGAAACCAGAGUCACCAGAUAGGUUUGGUGACAUUGCCGAACUUGUCAAGUCCAUAGGAUCGUUAAACGUUGUCGAAACGAAACCUCAAGGAGACAGGUCCAAAAUUUCUCAGACCUCUGCAAAAGCUAGCGCUAGCAACCCUCCUGCCCAAAAGCCUGCUGCUUAUCAGCCCCCACAUGCUAAGAGUGCUGCUGCUGUUCAGGCUCAGCUGUUUGGAGAGAGCUCUACAGAGACGGUGAGCAAGAAUGCAUUGAAAAACAAGAAGAAAAGGGAGAAGCAAAGGGAGAAAAAGGCUGCUGAGGCUACCAGUGGUACUUGAUUCGAAGCAGGGUUUCUGACUGAGUGAUUCCUUUAUACCUAGAGGUUGAUUUCUAGGCUUGAGGGGUGGAUUUUACAAUUACCAUCCUUACUCAGAUCUGAGUGUAGAUUUGUUCCUUAAGCGGGAUUUUUUGUUUGUUCUCUGAAAAAAUUUGAGCUCGGCAUAGUAAUAUCUCCAAUAUGAGCAUAUGUUUUGUUAAAAUGGGAGAUGAAAUAAAAAUGAUGACAGGAGCUGGUCUCUGUUUUACUUAAUGUAACAUUAUGAUGGUAUGAUUGAAAAUGAUAAUGAUAUUAAAGUUCGAGAAUUGUUUUUUUAUU